AUGUCGGCGAGCCUGGGCUGGGUAAGCAACCCGGUGGAGACUCGAGAGCCUCUGCUUGAGAGUGUCUUCUGGCCUUUGGUUGUCGUGAGCAGCUUCCCGCUGGGCCUACGCCUAUGGAUCCGGUGGACGCACAACAGGUGGCAGGCUGACGAUUACUGUCUGAUAUUGGCGUGGAUAUGCCUCUUGGCAUUUGUUGUUGUUACACAAUUCGCCAUUUCCUUGGGCUUCGGAAAACACGCGUUAGACGUCCCCUUCAAGAGCCUCAACACGCUCGCGAUCAUUGGUGCAGCUGGCUUGACCAUAUCGAUCCUCGGCAUGUUGGCGGCCAAGAUUUCGUUCGCCGUCACGCUGCUUCACCUCACCAAGGACCUGUGGAAAUGGGCCAACUGGCUCAUCUGGUUCAUGAUCAGCACCCUGAUCAUCACUGCGAUCCCUGCAGCCGUGCUGCCCUGGGUGCAAUGCACACCACUGGCCAAGACGUUCGUCGACUUUCUACAGGGAAAGUGCAUCAAUAAGGCACAUUCCGUCAGAUUUGCUAUGUUCCAGGCGCUCUACUCAGCCUCUGCUGACUUUCUGUUCGCCUUGCUCCCCUGGAAAAUCCUCUGGGGCCUGCAAAUGCGUCCAGUGGAGAAGUUUGGUGUCGACGACGGUCCAUUAGCUGUCACAUGGGCUGACGUCGAACUUUCCACGACCAUUAUCGUCGCGUGCAUUCCUGUGUUGCGCAAAAUGAUCCGCGAUGAAGUGUCUACUCGGACACGCAGCGGCAACACCACGGGCGGCUCCCGAGUCGCUGCUGGGACCAACAGAGCAUCAUUUCAUGGAGGUACUGGUCUCGCCUCUUCAUCACGGAGAAACAGCUUCCACAUGUCACGGCUUGGAAACAAGGCCGACGCCACAGGGGUGGGCACCAAGGGCAACAACAACUUGACCAAAUGGUACACCGUCUACGAGCGUGACGAUGACCAGCAGAGCGACAGGAGCAUAAUCUUGCGCAGCAGCAAGAUGGCUGUCGCGGUGGAGAAAGGACCUCGCGAAAAGCAGGACCACGGCCUGAGCUGGAGAGAUAGCUUAGGGGAUGAUCGCUCCGAGCCGACAACACCGGAUGCCCUAUAUCUUCAGGGACAGCCUCUGCGAUAG